AUCCCAUCAACCCCCCCUCAGCGCGCGGCUCCCCUCGGCGACGUCACGGAACGGGGUCCCGAGACGCGGCCGUUAUUGCCUGUCGGUUGGCGCCAUUAGGCGGCAGCAGUCGGUCGGCUCGCAGCCAUGUCUGCUUCGCAACGCAUCCUGCGGCGGCGCUGCCGCUUCGGCGACCAGCGCCAGAGCGUGCGGCUCAGCAGCAGCUGGGGGCGCCUCUCCGCAGGUUCCGUCGGAGGAGCCAGAGGAGGAUGGCGUUCCACUUUCCAGAGAUACAGAAACACUGUCCGGGCACCCGUGCUGCAGCGCGUGAGAGCACGUGGAGGAAGAUGCCCUACCAGAAACCAGAUAAGCACAGUCCACAACCAGCCCACAAUGGUCCAGCAUGUGGGAGGGGCUGUAGGAGCAGGGGGUGCCAGUGCCCAGACUGCCGUGAUCGUUAGCCAGCCCUCCAUGGUCCAGCACAAGGGAGGAGCUGAUGGAGGUCAGGGUGCUGCUACCCCCAGAAACACUAAGACAAGUACAAAUCUUGGCCAGCCCUCCAUGGUCCAGCCCAAGGGAGGAGCUGAUGGAGGUCGGGGUGCUACUACCCCCAGAAACACUAAGACAAGUACAAAUCUUAGCCAGCCCUCCAUGGUCCAGCAUAAGGGAGGAGCUGAGGGAGGUUGGGGCGCUGCUACCCCCAGUAACACUCACAUAAUCCAGCCAGCCAUGUCAAAGAACAAGAGAAAAGCCGUGUUUGAGAACAAGAGAGAGGACACGUUUCAGAACAAGAGAAGAGCUGUAGGAGGAUUGGGAGACAUGACCCAGAGAAAUACAGAGCAUGGCCAGGCACCCAUGGUGCAGCACACGAAAGGAGCUGUAGGAGGUCGGGGUGCUGCUACCAUGAGAAACACUCAGGCAAAUCCAGAUCUUAGCCAGCCCUCCAUGAUCCAAGAUAAGGGAGGAGCUGAGGGAGGUCGGGGUGCUGCUACCCCCAGAAACACUCAGACAAGUACAAAUCUUGGCCAGCCCUCCAUGGUCCAGCACAAGGGAGGAGCUGAGGGAGGAUCAGGAGACAUUGACCAGAUAACCAGCAUGCUCAGCCAGCUAUCCAUGGUGCAGCUCACAGAAGGAGCUGUAGGAGCAUCUGGAGACAUGACACAAAGAAAUACCAAGCAUGGCCAGGCACCCAUGAUCCAGCACAAGAGAGGAGCUGUGGGAGGUCGGGGUGCUGCUACCCCCAGAAACACUCAGAGAAAUACAGAUCUUAGCCAGCCCUCCAUGAUGCAGGACAAGGGAGGAUCCGUAGGAGGAUCGGCAGACAUUGAUCAGAUAACCAGCAUGCUCAGCCAGCUAUCCAUAGUGCAGCUGACAGAAGGAGCUGUGGGAGGUCAGGGUGCUGCUACCCCGAGAAAUACAGACAUUAUCCAGCCAACCAUGUUAAAGAACAAGAGAGGAGCCGUGUUUGAGAAGAAGAGCAGAGCUGUAGGAGGAUCAGGAGAUGCUCCACCGACAGAUACAAUGCUUAGCCAGCCACCUGUGAUGCUGCACGAGGCUGGAGCAGUAGGAAGACCGGGACAUUCUACUCCAACAAAUACAAGCCUCAGCCAGCCGUCUGUGCUCCAGAACACGACAGGAGGUGGAGCCGGAUGGGGGGGCACUACUCUAACAAAGACAGACGUCAGCCAGCUACCCGUGAUCCAGCACACGGAAGGAGCUGAGAAAGGAUUGGGUGAUGCUACCCUGGUAGACACAGAUCUUAACCAGCCAGCCGUGAUCCAGCACACCGGAGGCGAUGGAGGACGUGUUGUUCGUGCCCGGAGAAACACAAACCUUCUCCAGCCAGCCACGCUGCAGCACGAAGGAGGAUCUGCAGGAGGACGGGGCGCUCCUGCAGCCAUUGUGCAGCCUCCUGCGCUCACAAAGAGCUCCUCGGGUGGCAGCCCGAUUUUGGGCUAGAUCUAGGGCAGGGGGAUGCUGGGGAUGCUGCUGUUCUAGGGGAUCCUAGAUCCCUUAUAAAGGUGGCGAGACGGAUAG